GCACCACGCGCCGCGGCGCGACAGUCGCCCCGAACUGCGACGCAUGCGCCGUCGGGGUCUGUUGGGGCGCGUUUGAUGUCAUCAGCGGGUGAAAAUGGCGGAGGGAGACCUGAACGUAGACAGCAUAAUUUCCAGGCUCUUAGAAGUCCGGGGAUGCCGCCCAGGAAAGACUGUCCAGCUGACGGAGGCGGAGGUUCGUGGCCUCUGCCUAAAGUCUCGCGAGAUCUUCCUCAGCCAGCCGAUCCUGCUUGAGCUCGAGGCACCGCUCAAAAUUUGCGGCGACAUCCACGGCCAGUACACGGAUCUGCUGCGGCUCUUCGAGUACGGCGGCUUUCCUCCCGAGGCCAACUACCUUUUCCUGGGCGACUACGUCGACCGAGGCAAGCAGUCGCUGGAGACCAUCUGCCUGCUGCUUGCCUACAAGAUCAAGUACCCCGAGAACUUCUUUCUACUGCGGGGCAACCAUGAAUGUGCGUCCAUCAACCGCAUCUAUGGCUUCUACGACGAGUGCAAACGGCGCUACAACAUCAAGCUCUGGAAGACGUUCACCGACUGCUUCAACUGUUUGCCCAUUGCUGCCAUCAUCGAUGAGAAAAUCUUCUGCUGCCAUGGCGGGCUCUCCCCUGACCUCCAGUCCAUGGAACAGAUCAGGCGCAUCAUGCGGCCAACAGAUGUUCCGGACACGGGUCUCCUGUGCGACCUACUCUGGUCGGAUCCCGACAAGGACGUCCAGGGCUGGGGCGAGAACGACCGUGGCGUCUCGUUCACCUUUGGGGCAGACGUAGUCUCCAAGUUCCUCAACAGGCACGACCUGGACUUAAUAUGCAGAGCUCACCAGGUCGUUGAGGAUGGGUACGAGUUCUUUGCCAAGCGCCAGCUGGUGACCCUCUUCUCAGCGCCAAACUACUGUGGUGAAUUCGACAACGCGGGCGGCAUGAUGUCUGUCGACGAGACGCUGAUGUGCAGUUUCCAGAUCCUGAAGCCCUCCGAAAAGAAGGCGAAGUACCAGUACGGUGGUCUCAACUCCGGGCGGCCCGUGACGCCACCUCGGGGGCCAGUCAAGAAGAAAUGAACACCACAGUGAAGGGGGGACGAAACACCGAAUGGAGGACAGAAAAUUAAACUGCAACAAACAACAAGACGUCUCUACCCACCACCACCACCACCGAAAACAAGAGCCACACGCCCGCCUCUUCCUUACACCUCCUCUGUUUCCACGUUGUUGCCACCGCCGCCUCUGCGCUUUUCCCGCUGCCAGCUUCGUCAAGCGUCGGCCUGUAGGCUGUGCAGCGCCGGCGGACACCCCUGGUUCAUUUCUUUCCCGUCUUGGCUUGGUCCAGCCGUAGGUUUCUUCCUUAUGUGCAUACCCUCACUCAUUGCACAGCGGUUUCUUGUGUAAGACGCUCAUCUCGCAUUGGUGUUUUAUUUUUUUUUUUUUUACUUUGUCAUCAUGUUCUCGCAUCUCACUUUUUUUUUUUUUUUUUUUGUUCCCCCCCUCCCUCGUGCCGUGCCUGCCUCUUUUCUUUUUGCCUGAGUCAUGUGAACAGUGGCGUUUGGCCUGCAGUGCGGGAAAGUUCUUGAAAACUUAUUACGAACAGGGUAGGAACUUGAAUGUAACACCCGAGUUGCAGAGAGUGUCAUUCAGUGUGGGCUUGAUGAACUUGGCCUUGCAAGUUGUUUUUACGAACACUCUUAAGAAAAAGCUGCUCUGAACCUGCAGCAUCACGGUCCAGUUCAUGACAAACUUGGGGUGUCAGUUACGCGAGGCAUUUUUGACUCUCGCAAUGGUGCCCAAGGCUCAAGCUCAUCUGGACAACUUGCCGAGAAACUAUUUGCCCAUGCGCUUUAGCUGACACAGUUGGGCAAGCUUAUCAGACCUGUAUGAAAUUGUAGGUGGGCUUCAUUGUGUGUUCUGACCACCUGUGCUUAUUGAUAUUAUUUUCGCUAUUUCUAAUGGUUGCUUUGCUGUUGACAAUCCAGGGGCUGUCAACAUUUUGCCGGCUACUUAGCUGGCUAGUAAAAAUUUUUGGCGUUUCUUUGUGAAGUGAGCUUCAUGGCUGGUUUUUGUGUUGCCUGUUCCCUCUGUAUUUACUUACCCUGUCCACCAGUUGUCUCUUCUUUCCAGUGCAGUUCUCCUUUUGGCUUGACGGCAAGGCAUGGUGUUUGCCUGUAGGUUUUGUUGGGGAGGAAAGUAAUAGAAGUUUGGGGAGGGGCAAAAUCAGCAAAAUCAUUUCUCACAAUUGUGUUUCGAUUAGUCAUUUUGGCUGUUUCCUAGUAUGCAAAUCUAUCUGUACAGACCGUUUAAUGGUUGCUGUUUCCAGGACAGUUUUUGCAUAGGCAGGUUACGUCUUGGUUAGGACGCCUUCGUUUGCAUACAGUAUGUCACCCAACUUGUUCCCACGUCAUCCACACACCUAGCCUACCGUCUUAGCAGCUGUGCGUGUCGUGUGAUAGGCCUGCGUCAUUGUGGGUCACAGUGACAUCUCUGCGUAUGGUGGCUGUGGUAUGUGUGCAUUUGUGCUUGAAGCUGUGUGGUUGUCACGGAGAGACGGCCACAAUUUGGCGCAACUUGCCGAAGAAUACACAAAGCAGGGCUGUGGUCUUUGGAUUAAAGGAUAUUCAAGCUUGUGCACUUUUCGCAAGGUACAGGCAUGUGUCUUGCAUUGCACAUGCUGAAAAACUGCACCUCUGACUCGAAGUAGUUCCAAGGAGCUUUCCGGCAAGCCUCACUUCUGCAGCCAAUCUUUGCCCAGGUUGUCUCGCUUUGAACAAUUCAGUGCUGAUGGAUUCUGCCGCGUUGCCUCUUUCCGCUUGGCUAUGCGGAGGCAAUGGUUGAACUCUGCAGCGGUGAAAUGUUUAGAACGAGCUCCUCCGUUCAUCUAACCACAAUGUGUGAAGCUGUGGGACGAAAAAAAUACUGAAUACAGUGAGUAGAUGUGGCACUAGUUUUGCAUAAUUGCAGAGCACUGAAUUGGCCUUCGUAGUGAAUUUCUAUUGUAUGCACAUGUAGUUUGCCAUCGGACUAGUUUUUCGUUUGUUCUUUCUUUUUGAAGCUGUUCGUACUAGGAGUGUAAACCGCCUGUAAAAUAUCUUGCUCUUGUUCAGAAAGGUACUACUACUGCUGUUGGUGUACAGUUCUAGUAAGUCAAAUAACCACUCCCUAUAAACGACUUUGCCAUGUCUGUUUUGAAGGGGCGGGGAGGGUACCGGGAGGGAUGGCAAAUAAAAUGCGUCACAACAGAGUCUGCAAUGUUGCUUCAUGGGGAGAAAUCUAAGUGUGUUCAUUUUCGCGAGGGCCUGGGAUGUUGCGUAGCCAUAGACAUUUCGAGGCUCAUUUGCGAUGUAAUGGACGUGAGCUGUGGCCAAGUCUUGCCGUGCCCAGCGCUAGAGUCUAGAUGCAGUGGAUGCCCAUCAAUUUUGUUGGGGGUGGGGUUCAACGAAGAAAGCACGGCACAGCAGUGCCUUUCACUGGUUACUGGCUCCACUGCAGUGGUAUUCGUGCCCAUUGACGCGGCUUGCAGUGUGUAGCGGCCACUUGGAAGCGUGAGGUUGUUAAGAGGCAUGUCUUUCUCCUUUCAAAAGAGGUUAAUAAACAGUUGGGAAAGAAAA